UCGGUUUCACCGACGCUGUAUAUACACGUGCGUUUUUUGUUUCGCGUUUCAGUAAAUUGCUCACGUUAUUCAUUUAAAAAGCUGUUAACAAUAAAACCUGAGUAUGGUAGCCGGGGUGAAAAUUGCCAAGAAAGCUAAAGCUGUAGCUUCACAACCUGAUGAUAGCGAUAGUGAUCAGUCGGAGCUGAAUCUGGAAGACGAUGAUCAGCACAUGUCGGAUGAUGAGUUCCCUAUGUCGGAGGAUGAUGCGGAUGCGGACGAGGAAGGUCCAUCGAAAUGGGCCCUCGCAAUGGCCAAAUAUCUGCGCAAAAGUGACGGUGGUCAAAUUCUUUCCAAAGCUGUGAAAGACGUUGAUGCGAUUCGCAAACAAGAAAAACCCAAACCGACGUACCAGUUUGAAGUUGUCGGGGAAUCUAGCGCAUUGUUGAAAUCUCAGUCUAAAGACGAACCGAAGGAGAACGAUGAGAAACCUGAUGACAUGGAAAAGGCCAAAGAACUGCUUCGUCAGAAGGCUCUUCUAAAAAAGAUUAAAAAGAAAGAUAUUUUGGGUUUACGGGUAAAGCCGUCUAUUGGCGACUACGAAAGGGAAAAAUCGCUUAAAAAGAUUGCCACUAGGGGAACGGUACAGCUUUUCAAUGCCGUUCGGCAGCAGCAACGAGAUGUCAGCAAGAAGUUGGACGAAGCUGGUAAGCUGGAAUAUAAACGAGAGAAGGUACUCAAAAGUCUGAACAAAAAGGAAUUUUUGAACAUCUUGAUGAAUGGACCACGAGCUAAAUCGGAGCUGGUUGACAACUUGGUUAAGGAUGAAACCAAAGAGGAGGUAAAAUCAGAGGAAGAAUCGGGGAACGACGAACAGGAGCCAACGUCUACAUGGGGUGCGUUAAGAGCCGAUUUCUUAACAGGCAAAAAAUCUGGUUGGGAUAAGGACGAGGAGCAGGAAACUGAACAACAUGUAGAUGGUAAUUUGGGUGGAAGCUCAGAAUCAGAUUGAAAGUAAUCGAAAAAUCGAUUACCAUCAUGUCACCAUCUACCGCCCAGUUAAGCGGUUUUUCAACUUCAAACAUGUGUAAUAAAAAAACGACGGCAGAUUUUUAUUCGCUUUCUUUUCCAAUACAUCUCAAAACUGCUCCACUUUCAAUUAAAAAUUUAGUGGAAUGCGAAAAAUGUGCGCUUUUCAAAAUAAUUAACUAAAUUUCGAGGUGUUCAACUGGCCCUAUUACCGCCCACUCGACUUUUUUGGGUAUCAAUAAGGUUUUCUUAAAGAAAAACUAUCUAACAACACGGAAACUGUUCUUUUUAGUAUUUUCCAUGUCACGAGCUGUCAAAAGCAUUUUGAGGAACUUGAGAGAAUACAUUUUGUGAAAUUUUUCCCGCAAAUUUUUGACAAAUUGUUACAAAGUGCGUUGACUGACAAAAUGAUGAUUCCAGGCAAACAGCCUCAAGUAACCGGUUACUUUCAGCGAUAAAACAUUUUCUAACAUAAUCGAACUAAAUUCUUCUUAUAAUUUACACAUUUGACACAAUACAUGCGUUAAAAACAAAGAAAUUGUGCGUGACCGGUCAUUAGGAACCCACACUUUUUUUUAAACACCAAUUACCGCCCAUCACUAAACGCUUCAAAAAACAACAAUUAUUAAAAAAAUCGGAAAUUUUUCGAUGCAAAUCUAUUCUACGAAAAUAAAACUAUCGUUUCAAGUCGAUUUUAGGUCAAAUAGGUACUAUCUUGAAAACAAAAACCCUUUUUGCCCUAGGAGUACAGUAAUGCUUAGUUCGCUAACAGGCGUCGAAUUCAACAAUUUGACCGGAAACCAAAAACUAAACAUUUAAUUUCUGGCUAUAGUUGGCAUAACUAAGUGAUGUUUUUUCAGUGAAAUGAUCGAACAAUGAUGCCGACACUGAACACAGGUCUUAUUUUUGGAGAAAACAUCCCAGUUUUUUCAAAAUACAAACAAAAGGGUGAUUUUGGGCGGUAAAUGGUGUCUGGGCGGUAGAUGGUGACAUGAUGGUAGUUUACAUUAAUCAACCCCCUGGCAACUUGACGUUUCCCAUACAAAUCGCGUGUGCCAGUUUUUUCUGGUUCUCUGGUUCUGUCAAAUCGAAAAUCGAGCUACUCAACAUGUCGAAAGGACCCAUAUUGAAAUAUGUUUUCUGUUACUGGUUCAAUAACUAAAAAAAAGUUUUGAAAUUAGAACUUUUUUCUAUGUUUUAUGUGAAGUGAAUCUGUUUUCAAAAGUUUAGUCUAAGAAAUCGAGUAGAGCGUUAAUUUGUGUGUCCUACAUAAGGUAUAAAAGUUCUGGACUGCUUUAAAUAAAUUACUGAUAUCCAGUAGUUUUUUGGGACAAGUUUACCUUCCACCGAAACUGUUGAAGACACUCAAGCACAAUAAAUGUAAAAUACAACACAACCCUAUCAAACAUUAAGAGAUUUCCCUAAAGUGCGAUGCAUAUGAGCAUUUUAAUAGAGAAUUCGUUUUCGUGUGGUGGUGCACCGGGGCACUACCGGUAGUGCACUUUUUGCUGUUUUCAUGCUCGUUUUCACGAUGAGUAGUCCACUGGUAGUGCACCAUAAAGUGGACGGUGGAACACUCUGAAAAUAUUCGGUGUUGCUGGCGCUCUCACCAAUACUCUCAUGAAUUUUGACAGGAUGUGCUUCCCGAUGUAAACAAAUAUCAGCUGGUCUUGUUUAUUUUAUACCGUAAAAAUUGCGUUCUAGCUAUUUCCACAUAGUUUUUUCCUUAGUUUACGGAAACUUGUUCCGGAUUCAAUACCAGUGCCGUUUCCAGCAGAGGCGGAGAAUUUUACCCGGAGAAAACGUUCCAAAGCAAACAAACGAACGGCCCUCAAGCAACUGGAGACAGCCGGAAAACUACCAAGAGUCACUCGUUUUAAUCUUCAAGCAAAAAUGGAGGAUGCGGAUCGGACGCUCCCAAGAAGAAAUGUGCCCAGAAGGCUUACUGCAAUCGGUUCCAGGAGAUACCAAAGAAAAGCAGCAAAUCCGAGUGCAAAAAGUGCAACCCAAAGAUCUGGGGAAUCGCACAAACCGAAGAGUUCUCUUGCUCGGGCGGUUCCCUUAAGUUGGUCUCGUGCAGCAAGAAGUGUUAAGCUGCUUCGAAGCUACUCUGCCACAAGUCAGCUUCGAGCGUUGAAGCCCCCGAGUGCGUGAAAAUCGUGAAAGAACUGUGCUUUAUUUAGGGUGACGAUGCUCGGUUGCGUCAAGUCCCGGAUUCCAACCCGUUGCCCUUCAAAAAAGGCAGUUCGAGACUGCACCCGCAUUGGGGACUUGAAUUUUUUUUUUACGGGAUUUUCUUCCUCUGGGAUGAUUCAUCACUACAAGGGCUUGUUUUGGGAUUUUUUUGGUAAUCUGAAACGGAAAUACUCGAACAAAGAAGAUGAGAUUUGCGAGGAAUAAACGUUACUCUCAAGACAAAAUAUCGGAACCACCAAGCUGGGGUAACUGCAGUCCAGCAGCAGCAAACAUAGACCGCCCAGAAUCAGCCGGUAUUGCAGUUAUUAUCAUCAGGGCCAGAGGCGAAUCUACCAAACAAGCCUCUAAUAAAAUAAAUCUGAAAUUUUCACAUAGUACAUAAAUUCAUGCUUAAAUUUUUAUAUGAUUCGCAAGACAAUGAUCAACUGAAGUAAAUUUGAUUUCAAUUUUCGAAAUUAAACGAAAACAAAUACCAGCUGUAAUGGAUUUUUGACAGCUUGAUAUUUUCUGUUGACACUGCCGAUUUCACGCACACCAAUAAAGGUGAGUGCAAAACUCGAUUCAUGCUCGUUUUCAGCGUGGAUGGUGCAACACUUUCGGGUGGUGAAAACGAAUACGGUAUAAAUAACAAAACAAUCACAUUAUCGCAGAACUUUUGCCAUUUUAUAGAAAAACUGUUCCUACACAAUAUAUAAAUCGGUAGAAUAUUGAACAAGAUUAACAAUUUUGGUUAAAACUUUUUUUUAUUCAUUCAAAAGUUAUGAAUUUGCCUGAUUCUCACUACAUUUAAUAGUGUGCCCUUUCCAUAUGCAUGACUCGGAAAGUAUGUAAACAAGCGGCACACAUGCGACAUCUGCGAUUUUGAAACAGACACACGAAACUCGACCAAACUAUCAAGUUGCCAGGGGGUUGACAUUAAUACAUCCUAACUCAAUUAUUUUGAGCUGAAUUAGGUGUUAAAAAAGCAAAACGUUAUCUUUGAGUGUAUAUAGUUUUAACUUCAAUAAUAAAAAAUACAAUGAAAUACAGUUUAUACUAUCUUAA